UUUAAAAAAAAUUUACUUUUAAAAUUGGAUUUUACACUUAGUAUUACCACAUAAUUAAUGAAAAUUGCAUUUGUUAAAUAUCAGUAUUACGAUUAUUACAAUGUUUUAAUAGAGAAAGGCGAUUACUAUGCUUAAAUUCGAUUUAAUUUUGUAGUACAGGAAAAAAAAAAGUAAGAUACAGAAAAUGUUGUAGAGCAAAUAAAAGUAUUGUAGAAAUUAAAAUUUAAUUUUAUUCAAAGCAUUUUACAUUGAAGAGUUAGCAUAGUUUUUAUUGUUAAAUUAAAACACAGUUAUAAUAUUGUAAUAAAUCGCAAAAUUUUAUGCGUAAUAGAUACUGUUGAGGACAUCUGUAUAUCGGAAUUGCUUGUGAUAUUAUCAUUCAGUUUUUCAUAUCCAUUUCUGGACAAGUGAGUUCUUUUUUCUGAAGCAUAUGAUAAUUACAACAAGCUUCUGGACAAUGACAUUCCAAGUUGCGUCUUUGCGAGAAAGCCUUAAAGCACACACCGCAACGCCAUUGCCACUGAUGAUGAUUACGUGUUCUCUGGUGAGCGCGCAGAUUCGAACCGUGAAAUACCACAACGGUGCACAAUGGAUAAUCAGCUAAGUACAGAAUAGUUAAUGAUUUCUCAAUAAUUAUUACUGUUUCGAUGUAAAUAGUACCGGUUCAAUACAAUAAACAUAUACAAUGUCUUGUAAUUAUUAUUCAUUUUUUUGCAUAUGACUGCAGAUGUUUUGAAUUACAAAUUUAAAUGUUACCAAAAGUGGGAUUUUUGAAAAAUUAAUUUUUAAUUUAUUGAUGUUUAGGUUAAAGUGCAUUUUCAAAAUCUUAAUCUUAAUAGAACGUUGCUUUUUGUUAUGAAUUGUACGUACCGAUCGGCAAAAGAUUUGUGACAGACUGGGCACUCGAAGGGCCUGUCGCCCGAGUAAAGGCGCAAAUGGCCCUUGAGCACCCAUGGUCGAUCAAAGCUCUUAUGACAAUACGGACAGUAAUGCAUCUUAUUUCUCUUUCAGGGUUGAACAUUCUCUUUCGCAGGUCGGUUUCUUCUCGGCAGCGCUGAUCGGCUCAUGCUUUUGCUUCAGGACCAAAUACAAAGCCUGCGAAAGCUUUUUCGUCUUGCAGCUGUUGAUUACGACCUUUGGAUUUAUUGCUCCAGCAAUGUUUCCUGGACUAAUUGUCGGAUCUGCUACAUUACAUACCUUUUACAUUAGAAAAAAGAUGGAGAUGCGUCAUCGACCAAUAUCGCAGAUUAUGUGUCGUAUUGCGUACCUGUUACUUGUGUGCAGCUUUUUAUGGGUUUCUGGGGUUGAAGGCAUGUUUCAAUCUGUCGAUCUAUAUGAUGCUUUUACAGAUGAAUUCGGAAACGAAGAUUAUUCUUACUAUGAAGGAUCAUGUCCAAAGAAUAAAUUUCAAUGUACAACAGGAAGCAUUCGAUGCGUAUCAAACUUACAUCAAUGUGAUGUUGUGUCUGACUGUGACGAUGAUAGCGAUGAAGAAAAUUGCCACAUGGGAAAUCAUGUUACUUGUGCUAAUGAUGAAUUUUCAUGUCAAAAUAAAAAAGAGUGCAUACCGGAACACAAGUUUUGCGAUGAAGUAUUUGAUUGCACAGAUCAUAGCGAUGAAUUGGUUGAUUGUCAGGAACAUAGAAUAAAAUUACAGAAUCCGAGUGUAGCAUGUGACUCAAAAGAUAACUGUGGAGAUUAUUCAGAUGAAGGUGGUAAUUGCACAAAUACAACUCUCUGUUCAUCCGUAAAAUGUCAAUAUUGUAAGUCAACCCCUACAGGACCUGUGUGUUUCUGUCCACCCGGGUAUAAAUUGCAAGAGAAUAAUACAUGUACAGAUAUCGACGAGUGUCAGACUUACGGGAUAUGCGAUCAAGGAUGCGAGAAUCUUUUAGGAUCAUACAACUGUUUCUGUCAUCCGAAUUAUUUAUUGCAGGACAACAAUAAGACUUGCAAAUAUAAUGGUGCGGCUACAUUGGUGUUUUCUACGAGAAAGAAUAUUUUCUUAUUCAAUCCUGAUACGGAAUACUAUACUGGUAUAAUGGUAAGAAACUUAGACCACAUUGUCGAUGCCGUUAUAAACGAUGGGUACUUUUAUUGGUCUGAAGUAAAGGAGAAUGAGAACUCAGUGAUUAAGAGAGUUAGUUUUGAUAAAACGCGUGAGAAGCACGAAACAAUUGUUACAGAAGGUUUACACAGGGUGACGAGUUUAGAUGUGGAUUGGAUCACGGGAAAUAUAUAUUUCACUGAUUCCGGCUACUUCCGUAUCGGAGCUUGCAAUAAUAAGGGCACACACUGUACCGUAUUAAUCAAUACUGACAGUAUGCUACCGAAAUUACUUGUCCUGUUACCGACUAAAGGAUUAAUGUAUUACUAUCAAGAACAGAUUUCCAUUGAUAAUGAAUAUAUUUCUAAACAAAUAAAAAUGGCAGGAAUGGAUGGAAAAAAUAUGACAACUUUUGUUGAACCAGAAUUGCAUGUCGAUGGAUUGGCUGUUGACUAUCCAAGCAAUCGAUUGUAUUGGCUAUCCGAAAAUGGAAUGAUCGAAUCAAUAAAAUUAGAUGGCACUGAUAAAAGAGACAUAUUACAUUCUACAGUAGAGCAUGCGAUUUCCUUGGCGGUUUUCGAGAAUAAAUUAUACUGGAGUGACUGGGAAUCUAAAACAAUACAAACAUGUGAUAAAUUUUCCGGAAAGGAUUGGAAAACCCUUAGUCACACGAUAGAGGAAUCUUACCGUAUCCACAUCGAUUAUCCAGUUAUGAAAUUGAAAUUUUCAGAUCCAUGUAGUCCGAAUCCAUGUUCUCAACUGUGUUUGUUGAAUCGAAACGAAAGCUAUACAUGCGCCUGUUCCAUAGGCCAGAAAUUGAACGCCGAUCGACAUACCUGUCUAGACGUGAAGGAGAAGCCUCAUCUUGUCAUCAUCGCUGGAAAUACAUUCAUAAAUUAUUAUUACGAGUUGUUAGGAAAGCCGAACGUAACUACGAAUACUGUUUCAAAAGAGAUUUCAGUCACCGAAGCAGUUUACGAUCAACUCACUGGCACUAUACUUGCUAUCGAUCAGUAUAAUCACUAUGUCAUUCGCUAUGAUCCGAAAGACGGCAAUAUUACUAAUCUCAUAUCGAUCAAAGAUAUGAUAGUGGGAGGAAUGGCAUUUGAUUAUAUUGGUAAUAAUGUGUACUUGUCGAACUUAAAACACCGAAGUAUUGAAGUACAUAGUUUGACAACUAGAAAAAAGACGAUCUUUUACUUCGAGGAUGAGCCUCAUUCUAUGGAAAUAAUGCCUACAAAAGGGUGCGAUGGCCACAAGGAUUGUCCGAAUGGUGAGGACGAGGAAAGCAAUUGUAAGGAGAGAGGUAUUUGCGAGGAAGAUGAAUUUAUGUGCGAUGAUCACACGUGCAUAAAUGAGGACAAGCAUUGCGAUUUUUUUACUGAUUGUGUGGAUGAUUCUGAUGAGAAACAUUGCUUCAAAAUCCAAUGCAAUAAGGGAGAAUACCGGUGCCGCAGAGGAGGAGAAUGUAUAUCUCGUUUCGCCGUAUGCGACGGCAACUAUGACUGUCCCGAUUUUUCUGACGAACUUCACUGCGAUAAUUAUACAUGUAGUUCGGACGAGUUCAUGUGCGACAUGGGAAAAUGCAUUCCGAAGGAUUGGAAAUGCGACGACGAAUUUGAUUGUCCGGACGGUUCGGAUGAAGCUGGGCAUUGUUACUUGAAAAGCAUAUGCGGCCCUGACUACUAUAAGUGCGCUAAUGGUCGUUGCAUAUCUAAUUCAUUGCAAUGCAAUCACAUUAAUGAUUGCGGUGAUGAUAGUGACGAGAAAUAUUGCACGAGAUAUGGUUAUUCUCGUAAUUGUACCGAGAACGAAUAUCUGUGCAUGAACUCUGGUAUAUGUGUUUCGAAGAAAGCGAAAUGUAACGGGAUCCAGGAUUGCCCGAGAAAUGACGACGAAUUUUAUUGCGCGUACUGUUUCGAGGACGAAUUCACAUGUGACAAUCAGAAGUGUAUCGGGAAGCAUUUGGUAUGCAACAACGUGGACGACUGCGGCGAUAAUUCGGAAGAAACAGACUGCAGAAAUAAUAAGAAAAAUAUCGAAAACUGCGAUCAAUUCAAAUGCACCAGUGGCACUUGUUUGUCGUUUGACAAAGUAUGCGACGGCAUUAAUGACUGUCCGGACGGUAGCGACGAGUACGGAAAUUGCUCAUUAGCUUGUCAAAACGCUAAAUGUGAAGACAUGUGUCAGAAUAGACCGCACGGUGCUGUUUGCAGUUGUCGACCUGGAUAUAGUUUGGAUUCUAACGGGAAGUCUUGUAACGAUAUAAAUGAGUGCCUACAAAAUGUUUGUUCGCAGAAUUGUUUAAACACUGUGGGAUCGUACAUAUGUGAGUGCUUAAGCAUCUACUCUCUUCGUACCGAUAAAGUUUCUUGCAAAGCUAUCGGACCGCAAAUGCAUUUUAUCACCACCACCGGUGAUGAUAUCAGGAAUAUAUCGGCUGAUGUAGGCUCUGUUGAGUUAGUGCAUCAUUUAGCAGGUUUUAGCAUAAGCAGUAUCGAUUCGAAUGCACUCGAUGAUGCUCUUUAUUGGAGUAGCGAGGAAGAGGGCACUAUUAACAAAAUGAACGUAAAAACGAAAAAAAUCUUGACUAUGGGCAACUUUACUCCGAAAGCGAUUGCGGUUGAUUGGGUCACUAAUAAUGUCUACUUCAACGAUAACAACCGUCGAAAUGUGAUUAAGGUAUGCAACUUGGAACAAUUAAAAUGUGCAGUAAUAGUCGAGAUAAAGGAUAUGGCAAAAGUUACGGCCCUCGCAGUCGACCCAAUCUUGGGUUAUCUAUUUUGGUCUCAUACCACUUGGCACAGUCACGACAAGCCAAUCGCUGAGAUAUAUCGGACGAACUUGAUGGGCGCCGACAUGAAAAAGAUCGUUUUUAGGAAUAUUAGCGUCGUAAGUGGAAUGGCAAUCGAUCAACUAAAAUUCAAAUUAUAUUGGUCGGACAGUUACUUCAAAACUAUCGAAUCAGCCAAUUAUGAAGGAGAUGGUCGCACCACGUUCUUAAAUACAGAUAUAUGUCGACCGGCAAGUAUUAAUAUUUUUGAAGACUCGAUUUAUUGGCUAAUGGCUUCGACCGGUCAGUUGCAAAAGUGCAAACUGUAUGGCGAUAAAGCAUGUACAACGAUAGACAUAGGCACCCACAACAUUCACAGGCACUUCACCAUCUUUCAUACUGUCAAUCAUCCUAAUGUCGUGGAGAAUUUUUGUAAAAUAGAACAUUGCGACUAUAUGUGCGUUUUGAAUCAUAGUAUUAUCGAUCUUCUUGAUGAGCAUAUCGAAUCUUUUGUGACGUGCAUUUGUCAAGAUGGCAAACCAGUAAAACCCAAUACUAUUUGUCCGAAAAAUGCGAACGAGGACAUAGCAUUUGUUUCUACACAUACUUGUCAUAACGGUGGCAUCUGUAGUAUUAUAAUAAUCAUGAUACUGAUCGUAGGGGCGUUGUUCGGCGUUUACUACCUUUAUCAAAAGUAUAAAUUGAAACUAGGUGUACUAGAUCUUAAUAUAAUUAAUAGUUUCGAUAGAAUUCGCUUCCAAAACCCGUUGUUCGAUCGAAGAGACGAAGUCACUGUAAACACUGUAACGUUCAAUUCCACGGCUUCAAGUAACAUAUUCCCUGGACAACAUGAAUAUAUGAAUCCUGUUACUGAAGAAUUAUCAGAGAAGUCUGGCGAUCGGGAGAUGAAGAAGUCAUUGGAGGCAUUACUUCUAGUCGUUGUUAGUAAAGAUUCUCUCUGCAAGAAAUCUGCUUGA